AUGUCCACCCACAACUACUAUCCUCCAUCGAUCGAGUUGCCUCACUUCGUUGACAAUGAAAGCCCAGUGAUUCCAUUAAUCCUGCGAUUCGGAGUCUUGUGGGCAGCCGUCAUCGUUGGAUCCUACAGCCUCAUCACUCGUCUUCGGCCGACCUAUAAGCUCUCAGAUCGGAUUGCUUUCGUUUGGAUGUGCCUGACCGGGUUCAUCCAUCUGUUUUUCGAAGCCCAUUUCGUUAUUUACCACGCAUCACUUGCCGGCCGCCAGGGUCUGUUCGAUCAGCUAUGGAAAGAGUACUCCCUCUCUGACUCGCGGUAUCUGACCUCCGAUGCAUUUCUGAUCAGCAUGGAGGCUGUGACAGCGUUUUGUUGGGGACCUCUGGCGUUUCUCAUUGCUUAUUGCAUUGCGGUGCAACAUCCCAUGCGACAUGCUCUGCAGAUUAUUGUCUCUUUGGGCCAGGUUUACGGUGACGUCCUUUACUAUGCCACAAGCUUGUUGGAUGUCUCUUACUGCCGACCAGAGGGGUAUUAUUUCUGGUUUUACUACUUUUUCUUCAACUUCAUUUGGGUUGUGGUUGGGUGUUGUAAGUAUGGCUUACCUCGAUGUGAUAUUGCCACUAAUGAUCUCCAGAUUAUAUGA